AUGUUGGACGAGCCGUACAACGUUACAAAGCGGAAUUUUCCAAGUGAUGAAAAUCGGGAAGUUACGCAAGCUCAAUCUUAUCUCAGAAGGACAGAUGUCGAAAACGAUGAGAUAGAAGAUGGAUUAACUCAGACAAUGUUUUCUCGAGAUGGUUAUGAUAGUUCUGCAGCUCGAUCUGAUGUACACAACGGUAUUGUUAAUUGCGGAUCUCGCCAAUUGAUUGAGACAUGGGUAGAUGACCGAAGCACGAUGUAUGGAUUACCUGCCACAGGUUCCAGCCAUCAGAUUGAUGGGAACUCGCCAGCCACACGUGAUACGACAGACAUGUCCAAACAUGAAGAUGAAGAGCUGGUCACGGUUCCUAUCGCAAAGCUACAGCAGCUGGUAGAAUUUGGAAUCCAGGUACUGAAAGAAAGCAGGAGGAAAACGAACAUUCGCGAAAUUGACCUAGAGUAUGACGCAGCUCCGGCUUUGGAAGGCUUUCCUGUGCCUCACUCUUAUCAAGCACGAACGGAAGCUUCACGUCUGAUGAAUCCUCCAAAGUAUCUACAUCAAUUCUUAACUCGGGCUUGCGCGAACCCUUGGCCAAUUUGUAGGGUUGAAGUGAACCGUGAUCAGGUGAUUCAUCUGGAUCAUCUCGGGCAACCUUUUGAUAGAUUCAACCGUGUACAUUUUGAGGCCAUUUGGGAAGAGCACUUCAGGAACUUCUUUGGAUAUGGGCAAAGAUCUGUAACUUCUACAGAAGUGGUGCGAAGAGGAUGGUUUUGGAAAAGGAUACUUAAUGAGUGCGACAAAGAAAUGAUACCCUGGUUGCUCGAAUUUGGGACUGAUGAUCCAGACGCUCGAGCAGCAAUUCUGAUAAAGAUCUUAAUUUGCAUCAUCAAGUCGUCGAUUGAAAGGAGAUAUUCCGCUACUUCGACAAUUGGGGCUAUUCUUGAGCGUUGCUACACGAGUGGAGGACCGGAACUCGUGGUAUCAAUCCUAUCUGUAUCGAAAUCUUCGGAUAAUCCAGUGCCGUUGGAAAGACCAACCGCAAACUCUGGACGUAUUGAUGAUCUGAACAUUGGGUCCUUGCAAACAAUCGGAGAUCUUCGAAUAGUCUGGACCGAUAUUUUCGAGGAACACCUCCUCCUGAAUCAUCAAGAUAAAUGUUUGAAAAUUGCACGACUACGACCAUUCGUCUGGGGGAUGCUAAGUAUUUUUCAGAACGAUUGUGUCCGUUGGUCUAGCAUAUACCGAGAACCGCGAGAGCUUUCAGUCUUGAAAGAGCUAAAAGCCGAUAUUGAAAAGACAUGGGCCAUUCUCUUCUCAAUCACAACUCUAGGCGAGAAUUCCAAGAACAAAUCACAGGUUAGGGAAAAGCUUAAGCAAGAGUACGAGACCAUUGUUGACGAAGACCGAAAUCCAAUGCAAACAGAUAUUCAAACCCUCAAAGAAUACCAUAUGCCAUGGAUAGAAGACGAUUCAGCGACCGGCAGAGUGCAAUCAUACUACGAGUCACGAUGGGAAAACCUCCAAGGAAUCAUUAAAUCAAAACAAGACAAAAGUAACAUUGCCUACUCCAAUUUCGGCAUGUUUGAAGACCGUGUGAGAGAUCUGAGACAGUAUAUGGAUCAUCAAAAACCACACGGCUUGCGACAAUUGCUGCGAGAUUCUAGGGAUGCGCUUAAUUAUUAUACGUUUAUGGGUGUUAUAAUCUUUGGAUUGUUGACUGUCUUUCUCGCUCUGGCAUCUUUUUUUGUGAGUGUCGCUCAGACGUAUGCUGCGUUUAAAGCAUUAGAUAUGUCUUCUUAG